UUUUUGCUGUUGCAGGUAAGAUUGAAAAUGCCUCGUUACGACGAUCGAUAUGGUAAUACCCGUCUGUAUGUUGGUCGCCUAUCCUCGAGGACCCGGUCCCGUGAUUUGGAUCGACUUUUCAGCAGAUAUGGAAGGUUUCUGGGGGUUUGGCCUAACCUCGAGGUCUUUGGUGGGAGGGUGGUGGCCUUGGUGGAAUUGGUGGAAAUUCUUGCCCCGAUUGUAUAGGAGUGACUUUGGCGAUUCUUUCUGUAAUGUUAUUGCGUGUUUUUAUGCAAAUGGCAACCAUUCUCAAACUGGUGUUUAGUUCGUCUCUGACGGGCAAAGUACAAUAAAUCCGAAUCAGACUUUAAGAUUGAUGUAUGAUGCUUACUGUUUCUGGCAACCAUUUACGCAGAGUACGAGAUGUGGAUAUGAAGCGUGAUUUUGCCUUUGUUGAAUUUGGUGAUCCUCGAGAUGCUGAUGAUGCAAGGUAUAGCUUGGAUGGUCGGGAAUUUGAUGGAAGUCGUCUCAUUGUAGAGUUUGCAAAGGGGGGGCCUCGUGGUUCUCGAGAAUAUCUAGGAAGAGGUCCUCCUCCUGGAUCUGGACGUUGCUUUAAUUGUGGUCUUGACGGCCAUUGGGCUCGGGAUUGCAAAGCUGGUGACUGGAAAAACAAGUGUUAUCGCUGUGGAGAGAGAGGUCACAUAGAAAGACAGUGCAACAAUAGCCCAAAGGAUCUAAGGCGUGGGGGCAGUCUUUCACGAUCUCCCAUUAGGUCACGCUCACCUUGCCGUGGUCGAAGCCGCAGUCGUAGUUACAGCAGAAGCCGUAGUUAUAGCCGAUCAAGAUCCCCUGCAAGAAGUGGGCGAAGCUAUGAUCGUGAUGGGGGAUCAAGGAGCCCAGUCCCCUCCAAGACAAGGAAACACAGUCGAAGUGUCACACCUGAUGAUGUCAGUCCCAAGGUGAGAGAGAGCCUUUCUCCAAGAAAUGGUAGAUUGGCUGAUGAGCAAGAUGAUGACUAUAGCGGUAGCCCUAGGGGAAGGAGUAGAAGCCCCAUUAGCCCUAAACGAGAUAGCCCGGUUGGAAGGAGGUAUCGAAGCCCCAACACAGCUAAUGGCCGCAGCCAAAGUCCAAAUCCCAGCCCCAGCCCUAGGGAGGAUAGAAGUCCCGUUGAUGAUGAUGAUGACCGCCGUUCUCCGAGGGGCAGCCAAUCACCUUAAUCUAGUGCAAAAGUUGUUAAAAUGGAUGUUGUUUUAAUAGUCAUACUUAUGUUUGGUACCAUACUGUUGUUACCUUAUUAUUUAGUACAAACUUAUUUAGAGCAAGUUGCUUGACUGGCUUACAUGAGAUGCUUGGACGUUGAACUAUUGAACAUUCAUAAAAUGUAGCAUUUUCUAUCGUGUGUUAAUAAUUUAUCUCUCUUUUCAUUUU